AUCUGGUAUUCCAAUUUCAGAUUCAAUAAAAAAGUAUAUAAAAAAGAAAUGGCUGACCUCGAAGUAAAUGUGGAAGACAUUCCCAGUACUCAGCAUGGUAAAAUGAAGGUUGCAGAAUUACGGAAAGAGUUAAAGGAACGUGGUUUGUCUUCCAUAGGUACAAAAGCAGAACUUUUGAACCGCCUGGAAAAAGCACUCAAUCCUGAAGCAGAUAUCCAGGAAGAACCUGAUGGAGCUGUGAUUGAUGAGUUAACCGGUGAUGAGGAAAUGGAUAACAUCAGUGACUCAGAUGCUACUGAUGCUGCUGAAACUAAAGUGGUCAUAAGGGAAACUGCUGCCAGUAUGACAAUAUUAGAGACACAGCAAGAAGAGAAAUCUGAAUCACUACCAGAGACCAAGAUGCCCAGUGAGACAACAAAACCAUUUGUUCCUGUCAAAAUUGAAACUAGCAGUCCUGAGUCAUCAACUUCACCUCUGGUGCCUAUCAAACCUCCACUAUCUGCAGAAGAGAAAUUAAAGCAGCGAGCUGAAAGAUUUGGCAUCAGUAAUGACACAGAUAAGAAAGCUGCCAGAGCUGCAAGAUUUGGUCUUGCUAAUAACAAUGAUUCUAGUUCCACCCUUACCAGUAAACAUUCAGGCAAAAUAGCACCAGCACCAGUUUUGGCAGAUGACCUUGACCGACUGAAAAAACGGGCUGAGAGAUUUGGAACGAUAGUCUCCAAUACUUUAUCUCGAUUGGAAGAUGAAGUUAAACGCCGGAAAAGGAAAGAAAGAUUUGGACAGCUUGUUUCAAGUCCAACAUCCGGAAGUGGUACUAUUACACCUUCUAACAAUUCUACUACUACUACUACUACUACUACUACCACCACCACCACCACCACCACUGCUGCUGCUGAUUCAACUCUUAGCAGCAAAAAAUCAGAUGAGAUUGAGGAAAAGAAAAGGAAACGAGCAGAACGAUUUGGACUGUUGUGAUGUUUUUAUCACUGUAGACCAAUGUUAGUUAGUUUCAGCAGAUCUGCUGACACUGCUGCCAACCCUCACAUUUCCAUACAACUCUCAUUAUCUUAGCAUAUAUUUAUAUAUAUGCGUUUAUAUAUACAAUAUAUAUACAUAUAUAUGUAAUGUGUGUGUAUAUAUAUGUAUAUUAAAUGUGUGUGUGUGUGUGUUUGCGUGUGUGUCUGUAUAUAUGUAUAUUAUAUAUAAUGCAUAUGUAUAUUAUAUAUUUAUGUAUGCAUGUAUGUAUGUAUGUAUAAACACGCAUGGAGUAAAAGCAGAUUUCAUAUUGUUAACAUACGCUCACCACAUAACACUUCUCUGUACAGGUGGAGGCUGGUUGGUUGUUUGUUAUCAUGUUUGGUUAUGUGUAUGUGUGUGUGUGUGUGCAUGCACAUAUGUGUGUGUGUGGGCAUGUACGUGCUAAUAAAUGAUGAUAAUUAUAUAAUAUGUGGAAUUAUUUAGAGCAACUUUCUAUAUAACUUUAUAUAAAUAAUGUUUUAGGCUCAUAUUUUUAAAAAAAUUUUUUUUUGAAUUAGUGUUUUUUUUUAUUACCUGUACUUAUCCUUAUCAAAGACAACAGAGAACUAUCAAACAAUUUUAGUACCAGAAAAUUAAACAUGUGUUAAUGAAUUUGUUUGUAAUUUCUAAAAAAAAAAAUUAUUUGAAGAAGAAUAAUUAAAUGUAGCUUUUUAAUAA